GCUCCGAGCGCCCGCCCGGCGAUGCUGCAGCUGCGGGACGCGGACGAGUCCGGCCCGGCCGGCGGCCCCGGCAGCCCCGGCAGCCCCGGGGCCGCCACGCUGGUGCCGGGGGGAGCCGGGCCGCCCUUCGAGCCGGCCGCUCCGCCGGCUCGGCAGACGCUGCGGCCGCUGAGCGUGCGGACCGCGGGCCGCGCCGGCCGCCUGAGGCGGUACUUCGUGUUCCGGCCCGGCACCAUCGAGCAGGCCGUGAGCGAGAUCCGCGUGGUCGUGCUGCCCGCCGAGGACGGGGAGGUGCAGAGCGUGUGGCUGCUCACCGAAAUCGAUCACUGGAACAAUGAGAAGGAGCGCCUUGUCCUCAUCACGGACUGGUCCCUCCUGGUCUGCAAGUACAACUUCAUCAGCCUGCAGUGCCAGCAUGUGACCAGGAUUGCCCUCAGCGCCGUGGACACCAUCUCUGUGGGGGAGUUUGUGUUCCCACCCAAAUCUCUCAACAAGAGGGAAGGUGUCGGUAUCCGCAUCCAGUGGGACAAGCAAAGCCGAGCCUCCUUCAUCAACAGGUGGAACCCCUGGUCCACCAACAUCCCCUACGUGACCUUCACCGAGCACCCCAUGGCAGAUGCUGAUGAGAAGAUCUCGUCCCUGUGCCGGCUGGAAAACUUUCAAACACAGCUGAUCCAGGCUGUGAAGAAAGCCCACAAGGAGGGCCCAGCGCCAGGAAGCACUAACGGGGUGUUGGUGCUGGAGCGGCCCAUCCUCAUCGAGACCUACCUGGGACUGAUGUCCUUCAUCAACAACGAGGCCAAGCUGGGCUACUCCAUGACAAGAGGCAAAAUUGGAUUUUAAACCCCUCUGUGUAUCAGCUAUUCAAGGGCAAGUGGCUUGCUGGUGGUGCCCUGGGGAGAGGGUGCUGAGGGCAGAGAAGCAAAGUCACCAGGGGAAGGAAAGGAAAGGAAAGGGGGACGUUGUAGGACAGUUCCCAGGUUGUCUGGGGAAUGCACAGGUUGGAUUUGAAGCAGGGUGGUGUCAUCCUUGUAUUUUGUACUUGAUUUACAGCCCUCACUGGUCCUUACGCAGGGUGAAUGAGCUGUGGUGUGUUCUGUGUCCCAGUGCCUGCUCUCCCCAGUCCAUGAAGUGCCAUUGGAACCUGCUGAAACCCCCAGUGCACAGCAGAACCUUUGUGCCAUGGCCCUGCUGUGUCCCUGUGUACGGUGUCAAAUCCUGUCGUGUGCUUGGGACUGCUUUGUGUCGUUUAAGAGGAAUUGCUGUUCCAAUCACUAUGAUCUCAGUGCUCUGAUUAAUGCCUGUUAGGAAUUUUCAAAGCUGUCAGUCAGUCUUUAACUGUAUUUGCUAGCUUUUGCUAAAGCUGCACUGUUCCACCUGCUCAGCAGCAGCUUGUGAACUCAAUAUGCAUUUCUGAGCUUCUUGUAAAAAUCCCUCUUAAGAACCUACUCGAACUUCCUCUCUACUUCUGUUCCUUUGCUGCAGCUACAGAAUAAAGACUGUUGUGAGAGAACAUUGCCAAAAGCCUCACAAACACGUUUGCCUUCAAAGCUGUUCUUUGUAGAACUGAAAAGGAAUUCUAUUUUGGUUAGAUUGAUACUCUCAGCCAUUUUUCUUAAAUCCACUCUAGUUUGGGCCAGGACUUUUUAAUGGAGACAGAGAAAACUUCCAACACUGUGUGUCAGCCUUGGUUCAUACAUUCCUGCACCAAACCUCAUCCAGGGAUGAAAUUCAGAAGCAGCCCAAGAGAUUACAGCUGUAAUUGCUCAGGAGGUGACUCUAACGAGCUUUUUCCUUGUGCAUGACCUUCUCUCCAUGCCCUUUCAUCAGAGCAUUUAUCUGCUGGAUGAACACUGUGCUGCAGUGGUGGGGUUUUUUGACCUUAAUGUAGGUGGGUGUUUGUGAAACUCCUGUUGCAGUCAGUCCUGACUCCAGCUUUCCAAGCUUCUCCAUGCAUUUCCUAAGUUACUUGUUCAAUUUUCAUUAACCUUGCAGUAAAGUUAAAAUUUCAACUCUUA